AUGUUCGACCUAAAGAGACGAUGGGCAAAGUUCUCCUUCGUCAAUUGCAUCCUCUUCCUCUGUCUUGCUACCUCACUGGCACACAAGGCCAAGGACGAUCAACUCACUCUCGCUUCUACCAGCCUGCACGAUGAGGAUCCGAAUCAAACAUUUGCUUCUCUAUACAGGUUUCAAGAUCGCGUCACUGGACUUCAGAUGACGAAUCAGCACUAUUUUCUUCUGUCUACACGUGCCACCACGGAAUUGGACAUGCGGCGCUACUAUGCAGGCAUCUGGAGAACAAUAGACACCAUGGGAUCAAACAUACUCAAGACAAGCGGUCGUGUUUCCCGCCCCUACGAGCUUCCAGGGCAUCCCGCCUAUGUAAACUUUUUCGAUGGAAAAUCAAACACUCCGGCGCUCUUCCUCAGGGUGGCCGACAUCUUACCCAGCAAUCCCAUGUUGCGAGACAACCCAGACGUCGCCAUCUUCAUGCAUGGAAUUCAGGUUGUCUCACAAACUGUCCCCCACUUUUGGCUCCAGCUCAAGAUGAUCAUCAGAGGUUCCCCGACGUACUACAUCGACACUGAACGACUUGACUAUCAAGCCGUCUGGAGUCGCUACACCAUUAGAUAUGGCAACUACUGGCUUAAUCAGCUUAGUGAAGUCUACAGAUGGCCAGUCUUCUCUGACCUGGAGCGUCUUGGAUAUGAACCGAGCACGAUAGAGCAAGAGCUUGUCGUAUAUGAUCGAAUCCGGCCACGUGAAACCUACUCGAGCAACGAAGUGAAGUUGGCCUUGCUUCUCAAAGCAGCUCGUCCUUACAUGGCCCAAUUCGACACAGCCACAGGUGAACAGCUCUUCAACUUAUAUGCUUUGAUGAAGAGUCCAAUCGAUGGUCGUGUCGAGGCUAUGACAUGGUUUCAGUCCCCGAUCUUCGAGUCUUAUGAUCCAAUACGGGAUGAGUUCCAUUUGAGAUUGUACAGCUUCAACGAAGCUGCGUCCCCUGACCUCGACCGCAUCCAAUACGUUGCUUCCAAAUCCCCUUCCGGUGAAUCAGUCCUCGUCCCAAUAGCAAUUGUUCGGCCAGAAGUCGUUUGGCCCAGGGUCCAGUUCAGCACGAUCUACAAAAUUCCCGAGCGCUUGAGAACGGUUGGAUUGAUUCAAUUCUCCAACAUCAGAGCACGAAAGGAUCGAUUUGUUGCUGAUGUCCUGACUUCACGAAAAAGGAUUCGAGACGGCCCGGAACUCAUGCCAUUUGAGCGACCACGACCACAUGGACAUCCGUUGACAUACAUUUCACAACGAAGGACGUUCCUAUCUAUCGAAAAGCCUAAUGGCAUAAUAACAACUGCUCCUGAAUCAGUUCGGCAUGAUCCUCAGCCGCAAGAAGAGCCCGUUAGAAAGAAGCUGACUAUCCCAGAGUCGGACGAUCAUGUGCUCUCAUCAAUUGAGACUCCCAAGACGCCCAGAACACCCAUUAUUCUUCCUUUUGAGGAAAGGGGUCAUUCAAUCCGUCCUGACCCUGAGCCAGGUCACACUUUUGGAGCAAAGCACGAAGGGUCCAGCUAUACAGGUGGUGUUAGUCAAGAACAUACAGCGCCGCAACAACUUUUGCAAAUCGAUCAGCACGACUCUGCGGCAGCGGACGAUCGCUCUACGACCGCCUAUCCUCGCGUCGAUCCAUUCAAGCAUUCUAAGUCCAUCGAUGCAUCAGGACAGGCUGUUGCUGAUCUUCGCCAGAGAACGAGCGUUGGACUGAUGAUGGUCGAAGGUCAGCAUCUCGGCCUAGGAGCAGCUCAUAAAGCGCACAAGCCCUCUCAAAAGACCGUUUUGGACAUCCUUCAGGAGCACUUGGAUCCUGGACUUCCCAAAUGGCAACUUCCGAAAUGGCACUUAUGA